GUCGUCUAGCUGCCCAUAUCUGUGAACGCAAUCCAAUGAUGCAGAUCGCCUUUUCUGCCGUUCUUCCGAGACGGGAGAAUAGGUUCUGCUCAUUGGAAUGGCAGCGUAGUCACGCUGCAGAGAUCGAGGCUUCGAAUGACCGUUACCGAGAGGUGAAUUCGCUGCUGCGAGAGUUGUGUCGCAGGGAAGGGUUCACGUUCCUUGACGGGCUAGCUGACGAGUGGCACCAGUGGAUCCACCGCGACGGCGUCCACCCAAACCGGAUCGGCAACAAGGUCCUCGCUGGGUUCAUGGGCCAGCAAGUACGGAGCAGCCUGGAGAAGAUGGCCAGGGCCAAGAUCCAGCAGGACCACAAGGAGGCAAUGCCAGGGACCCGCUCGUGGGACGGCUGGACCAUCAAGGGUGCCCUAUUGACUGCGCCAUGUUGUCUCUUCAGAAUUCUCCGACUUUUCCAGCAAAGUUUUGUUAAUCUGACGACAUAGUCUUUCUAAGAGGCUGGGGAAUUUAUAGCAAAAAGUUUGUGGGCCUCACAUCUGGUAACAAGAAGGCUCCAAAAACAAGGCCCCUUGAAAACUGAGCAAGUUGCUACUUGUGUAAAUUGGCUCUGAAGAAACCACCAACUAGGCGCUGCACAGUCCGAUGAUUCUUUCCGAGUCUGAAGUGCU